AUGAUUCGCGCCCUCUCGCGCACCAUCCAGCCCGCGCAGGCGACAUGGCUGCAUCCGACUCCGCUCCGCUUCCUCCACCUCGCUGACAUGUCGAGACGCUCGGGCCGGCUCAGCGCAUCCAGCGUCCCAUCCACCUCGAGCCCGAGCCUGGUCUCUACGCGCGCUUCGAGCUCCAAGGCCUUCGUGCCGACGCCGUACUUUGAAGAAUGGCGUACCGACGCGCUGCAAGCCGAAGUCAAGCGGUACGGCUUCAAGGUAUCGCGUAAGCGUGCUACGCUCAUAGACCAGCUCAAGGCGGUAUACGCUGCGCUAGAGCGUUCCGACGCUGCAUUUGAGCCCCCGCAACAUCCUCUGCCUGCAGAUGGCGAUGCGGUGCAAGACGGAACGCCGCCACCGGAGCCCGCGAGAAAACGAAAGCUCAUCUUGCCUACGUACGCCGAAUCGGGUGCAGGUGGCAAGGGAAAGGGAAAGGGAAGGGGUCGGAAGAGCGAUCCGUUUGUGCUGGAUGCGAGCUCGGACUCUGCGCCUUCGUCACAGCCCGAGCCGAGCGGGGAGCAAGGCGUUGCGGACGAGCCAGGUGAUCUGACGGCGCAGUUGGAGCGCGAGGCGCUUUCGGCCACCGACGGCAGCAGCGACUCUGCAGACUCGGACGUCCCACUCUCGGCCUCAGCGUCGCCCGUGAAGCAGAGAAGCAGGCGGUCAGCUUCGGCCAGAAGCUCGUCGUCCGAAGAUAUCCCGCUAGCCACACGCCAAGCAGAUGAGGAGGGUGACGGGGAGGCGGUCGACCCGUCGCCUGUGCUGGCCGAGAUCAUGACGGCUGCGAUGCGAGGCGAACCCGACGUGUGGGCGCGCGUACUUCGCUUCGAACCCAUCAGCUUUGACGAGGUGGUGAGCAUGGCGACCACCCACGGCAUCGCCAUGGACACGGGCAAGCGCAAAGAAGAGCUUCGAACCUGGCUCGACCGCCAGUGCAUCUGUUUCUACUCCAACGACCUCACCGGCACACGGGCACGACACUGA